AGGGACUUUUCUGAGAGCUCUUCUCUCUCUAUUAUAUUUCUCUCUCUAAAGAGAGUUCCAAGUAUAGAAUAUUGUUAACUUGGGCGUCGGAGUGUCUACCCCAAAGAACAACCCUCGAAUCUAUUUUGCAGAUCUAGCUUCUCCCCAGACCUGCAGAUCCAUUUGUGACAAGAAACAAGAGGAGAAGCUAGAUUUCAUUCGGUUCAUAAAUAAGCUUUGGAAACUUUUUUACACGUGGAUACUCAAUAACCCACAACAAAACACAUCAAAUAUGUGUUAUAGGCUUUUGGUAAAAGUUGCAGGUUGAAGUGGCACUUCCACAUCCAUGUGAACUCUAGAAUAAAAGGAGUUAAGAUGAGAAUUCUUAGAAAAACAAGUUAGCAAACAUGGCGAUCUCAAUGGAGAGAAAAAGGUAAUUAAGCUCCACAACAAAUCUUCGAGCAGACUCGACAAUGUUGCCAUGUUCGGGCACAAGCUGCGAACAGACCCGACAAUGCUCCUUGCUGAAACACGAGCUACGAAUAGCAGAAGUUCGAGAUGGGAAAUGCAAGAGUCCGAACUGUGAAAUGCUCGGGCACAAGCUGCGAAAUCCUUGCACAAGCACGAGCUGCAAGCAUAAAAGAAUUGGCUUGAGACACAUCACAGUAGCCCAGCUCGACAGCAUCACAGCAGCCCAGCUUGACAGCACCAAAGCAGUCCAGCUCGUCAAGGGUCCAGCUCGGCAGCAUCACAGCAGCCCAGCUCGGCAAGGCAGAGUAGCUCAGCUCUACAGCAGUAAAGCAGUCUCCCAACUAGACGGCAUGCACCGAGCAAAUUUGUAAUGAAGCUCGUUAAGGAAGAUGCGAGCAAUUAACAAAAUAUGAUGAUGAAUCCAAGAUAUGAGUCCCUAACUAGGUAGCUUGCCAGUAUGAAAAUCUCUACGAGCUGCAGAGAUGCAAAUAUCCUACUCAAGGUCGACCUGAAAGAUGUGCAGCAUAAAUCGCAAAGUGUCAA